GCUAUAUUCCCCACCCACUUUUUUCUUGCACUAAAAACACACACGCGGUUAGAUCUGCUUCUUCACUCCAGAAAGAAAAAUGGAAGCUCUGCUCUCCCAAUUCACCUUCCUCUCAGACCAGGCCCUACAAGACAAGAACUUCGAUCCUUCGACAAUCGAAGAUCUAAUGAAGCUGUUCGAGAUCGAGUCCUACAAGGCAUGGGCAGCAGCUGAGCUUGAGCAAGAGAAAGAGGUGGAAGAAGCAGAGGCUGGCAUGGAAGAAGCUGAGGAGUACCUUGACUCAGUGAUGGAGAGUGCCAUGGAUGAGUUUAGACGCUUUGAAGAGGAGCUAGAGAGGAUGUCAAAGAAUGAAAUGGAAGGCUUGGUUCAAACUGCUGAGAGAGCCAGAAAAAUGGGAAAUUUGAUGGAAAAAGGUGCCUCUAUUGCUUCCAAGAAGUAUAUUGAGGCUGCUCUUAAUUCAGCCACUGCUUCCAUGAAAUCAGCUUGGAAAGGACUCUCUUCUGGAAAGGUUCAUCCUUCUUAAUAUAUGAUAUGUAUUCAGUUCAGGUUAAACCUGCUGCCAAUAAAAUAUACUUCUCCUUUACUCUUUAUUGUUAUUUUCACUUCUUAGUUACAUUUCUGCUUGGAAGGUAGGAAAUUAAUUAGAUCACAAUUGUACUACCAAAAUUGAGAUGCUGGAGAAUAUUCAGCCAAAAGUGGAAAGAAAAAACAGAUUCACUGUUAUUGAUACAUGGAAAUCCUCGAUGUUUUGGGUGGAUCCAUACAAGGCUUAUGAUUCAACCAGCCUAAUUAAUGUUGAACAUUAUUCAGUAAUGUAUUUAUGAAUUCACAUGUUUGUUGACAGUA